CAGGCCUUCAUCCUCCACUCCGCUCCCUCCAUCCUUUCCCUCCAUCCUUUUGUCUGCCGCAUCCUUUUCUCCUCUUUGUCUCCAUCCCCCAGCCCUUGGGGGGCUUCUCAGGCCCAUAGCAGCACCAGGGACCCCCCAUAUUGAGGCCCUCCUGAUCUGCCCCCUUCCCUGGCCUCCCCCCUCCCUGGCGGGCCGCAAUGGGACCGUCGGGGGGGAGAUGAACCUGGGGGGCUGGAGGAGGAAGAAGAGGAGGAGGAGGAGGAAGAAGGCGAGGAGGGCCAACCGGCCCCUGGGCACCGGGGGCCUCCCGCAUGGACCUCGAGGCAGCCGGCUGCUUGGGCCAUGGGUCAAGUCCUGGGGUUUGCCCACUGCAAAGAAUCUCCUUCAACCGCCUCCACCACUCCGGACUCCACCGAUGGCGGCAACGAUGAGUCCGACUUCCCGGAGCUGCAGACGGCGCGGGAGUUCUCCGAGGACGAGGAGGAAGAGGAGGCCUCUGUGGAAUGGGGGACCCCGCGGGAGUUGACUUUUUCCUACAUCACCAUCGCGGCCCCCAACAGCAGCAGCCCACCCUUAGGGGACCAGGGCCCACGGGGCCGGCGUGACUCCCAGACCCGCCGGGCACGGGUCCCUCUGCCACGUACGGAGACCUGCGAGACCUUUGUGCCUGCUCUGGGGGACAGUUUGGAGAACAUUCCCAGCCUGUGCCCAUCUCCCGAAGGAGAGGGGUCACCCCCCCUGGGCAGCUGCCAAGGACUGGAUGCCUUCUCAGGCUGGGAUGUCCACACGGGCUUCAUUGAUGAACUGGACACGGCAGAAGGAGAGGGACAGUCUGGAUCUCCACCUCACAGCCCUGUUGGGCAGGCCAAGGAAGGGGAACAGAGCAUCAGGAGUAGCAGCGACUCAUCCUCAGAUACUUCCCUGGGGGACCUCCCGCCACUUGACGCCUUAGCACCCGAACACGAAAGGGGUGCCUCUUGUGGGGCUGAGCACUUCCAACCCCAAGCACUGACCUCACCGCUGGAGUUUGGCCAACACGCAUCGUUGGACGAAGAGAUGGAAGAGGCCCAUGAGGAGGAGGAGGAGGAGGAGGAGGAGGAGGAGAAGGAAGAAGAGGAAGGCUUAGACUGGGAGCCCAUCGCAGAACAUCAAGAUGAACCAGACCUGUCAGGUAGCCCACUGGGAAUAUGCAUCGCAGCAGGUGAGCAGACGGCCGAUGUGUGUGUCUGUGUCUCUGAAUGUAUGUCUUGGUUUCCAAAUGAAGGAAUUGUUUUCUGCAUGCCAGGAAAAAAAGAGAUGGGGGAGAAGUUCCAAAUGGCUCUGGUUGAUUACUGGUAACACUCUCCCUGGGGCAGCCCUUGGAGGAUGUUUGGCAGCUUCAUUUGGCCCAGAAAGUUGCAUCCAGAGUGAUAACUGGGGCUGGCUGCAUGGUGUCUGGAGAUCAGACUCUGGAAACCAGGGUUUGAAUCCAGACUCAGGCAUGGA